GGAUGCUCCAAGGGCCGUCUGUAGGGGACAGCUGCGGUGUCCCCUUGCUGACACCAUCGCCAGGGCGCAUUUUGAAGGGCUUAGCGAUCAGCAGGUGCCAGACAGAAUUAGCCAGGUGCCUCUCCAUAUGAAUGUCCUGUCCGUGCUCUCCUCCUGCCUUCCAUCCUUUCCCCGCAUCAGCCUCUGUCCCCCCGACUGCGGCAUUUCUCAACCUGCUCCGGCUCCGCCAGCCCUGUCCCCUUCUCCCUCCUGCUGCCAGCCUUGGCAGGAACGCCGGCAGCUUGGUCUCGCUGCCAGGGAUGUCUUCAUCCCCGCUUAUCCCUGCGCUGCUGCCCAGGACUGAUGGUUCCUGCGCAAGGUGAGAGGGCUCUGUUUGCUUUGUGUGCUCCUCUCAUCCCACUGGGAUCAUCCCCAGGGUGGGCUCCGGAGUUCAUGUGCUUGCAGGGUUCCUUGCUCCCUGGUAAUGACCUCACAACCAGCAUGGUGAUGUCACGGAGCAAGGACACGGAGAUGCCGGGCUCUCCUUUCGCUACAAUCUCUGUUCCAUCCCACACAAAACCCCACUGAUCUAAAUGGAGAGCCUUUAGUGACAUCCUGCUCCCUGCAUGUGUCGCUGAGGCUGCAGAAGGCUUUGUCAUUGUCACCCAACCCAGCUGAGGACAGGUUGCAUCCUCCUGUUUGUCAUCCUGAAAUCAUGCCGCGGCCGCUCAGCAUCUCUGAGAGCAUGGAGAGGGCCUGCACUGAGCAGCAGAGCCUGGAAGAGGAUGAUGAUGAUGACAAUGACAACGAGGAGUUCAGUUACACCUGUCCCUUGGCACAUCCUCCACCCCCAUGCAUGAAUUUGGGUGACACUCAGCUGGGAGACGCUGAGUUCUCAUUUAAGCCAGGGUACUCUUGCACGGUGAGAGAUGACGGAGAGAAAAACAGAAUAUAUGCCAAAAGGUUGGCCAGGCACGCGUUGGAGCUCAAAGAGGAUGCUCAGGAGUUUGAGGAACCAUUUUACAAAGACACGGAGAUAUCCAACGGCCUGUUCGAGGAGGAGGACAGCAGCUGGACCAGGACCUACCACCUCCCUGUGCACCAAAGGAAACACACGUCUCGAGCUGCCAACGCGUCACCACGCGGUUGCUAUGACUCCUACCAGCAUGACCCGUUUUCCCUAUGGGCCCAACCCAGCGACCCAUACCUCUCCAGCCUGGAGAACAGCAGGGGAGCAGAACCCCACAGGUGGCACGAGGAAUCCAUCGGGGACCGGGAGAACCCCUCGCUGCGUGUGUCCUACAGCGAGCUGUGGGAGGAGAACAACAAGCUGCGCAGGGUGGUGCGGAGCAUGCAGGGCUCUCUGGAGAGCCAGGCUCAAAGCAUGAGGAGCCUGGAGCGUCGGCUGAAGGCCAGUCUGGCCAAGGAGGAGAGGAGGGCCCAGGGGCUGCAGGCCCUCAACCAGCAGACGGAGCGCAGCCUCCAGAUCAUGACCCAGCGGGCUCUGGAUGCGGAAAACCACGUGGAGAGGCUGAAGCAGGAGAUGCUGCUUCUCCAGGGAGAGCUGGAGUCCUCCAAGGUGAAGAAUGAGAACCUGAGAGUGGGGCAGAGCAUGGACCCGGAGGCGGUGAAGCACAGCGUAGAUUUUGCCUUGAAGAACCUCCAGAAGAUAAUAGCGGGUGCAAACUGGUCCAUCAAGCAGCUGGUUGCUGGGACAGAGUCGCUGAAUUUUGUCACUGAGAUUCUUAAAUCCACGGGCAAAAUUUCUGAUGCUGAAGCAGAGAAAAAAGAAUGAAUCAAAAACCGUGGAUGUGUUCAACCAUAGCCUAUACAAAAACUUUUGCUCUCACAUGUGUGUGUUCAGCUUGGUAACCUUUAUUCCUCACAGAGAUGCUUUCUUUGUGGCUUAUCUUGUGGCUGGGAAAAGGGGAGGGUUGGUCAAAACCUUUAGGAAAUGUUUAUUAGUGAGAUAUAGCAGUGACUUUCCUCUGGCGCCACUAUCAGUGCUAAGAAUGAGCUUAUAGAACCAUGGAAUCGUUAAGGUUGGAAAAGACCUCUAACAUCACCUGGUCAGACCUCCAGCCCAUCCCCACCAUGCCCACUGACCAUGUCCUCAGUGCCACAUCCACACAGAACACCUCCAGGGACGGUGACUGCACCUCGCUGGGCAGCCUGUGCCACUGCAGCACCGCUCCUUCCAGGAUGGGUUUUCCUCCCAUCCACCCUGAACCUGAAGCUGGUGCAACCUGAGGCUGUUUCCUCUCAUCCCAUUGCAGUUACCUGGGUGUAGAGGCCAAUUCUCACCUCUCUACAACCUCCUUUCAGGUCAUUGCAGAGGAUGAUAAGGUAUCCCUUUAACUUGGCUCAACCAGUGGGAAACAAUGAUUGGAGAAGAUUCCCUUCCUCUCCUGAUGCAGAGAAACACACCCAAAUUGUCCAUUUGUCUCCUGCUGAGUAAGGCAGGAUGCCAUAGCUCACAUUUACUGUAUAAUCACUGGAUAUGUGUUUUAGUUUUAUCCUUUUGGGACUAUAUGUGGGCGUCAUUUUUCAACACCAGGUCAUCCCCCAACAUUUCUGAUGAAUUUAGGUUACCCUCCUCAUUUUCAGCUGUAGUUUAUCCAAUUACACAGCAGAUUUUUCCCUAUCUGGCCAAACAGAUCACGAUUAAAGACUCUGGUGAUGAAGGGUGGUGAGAGGCUGGGUGCUGGCAGAGCUCAGCAUCAACGUUUUUUUCCAAUGGGAAUUUUUGGCAGCUGUUCACUCCUACCUACCUAUGGUGAGUGGUGAAGCCUGCUGCCUUCUCAUGGUCCUCGAGUGUCCCAGCAGUCGUGGCUGGGUCUUCAGCUGCCUCAGUAACCUUGUUGCCUGGAGGAGGGACAGCUGGUUAAUCCCCACUGCAGACAUGACGAUGGCUUGCCCAUCAGAGGCGAUGUCUGGAGCUCCAUACUUGCAGCCUUCCAACAUGGGCUACUAAGCUGGAAGGGGUGCUGGUCACCCUUAGCCACUUGAAGCCCUGCUCUACAACACUGGUGACAAGACGAGAGCGUUUCUCACUAAUUUUUCCAUCCUCAACAAUAACAUCUAUUGUUCCUGGCUCCCACCUUUGCAUGGCUGCUUGCAAUGAGUUCUAAACCUUGUAUUUGACCCAGAAAUCCCUGGAUUUGCCUGAGAUAUGGCAACUACCUGCUGCUCAUUGGCGAGGCUGGGAGGUAGUGAACUAGCUGUGUCUGUGCUGCGUGCUCUACGCUGACUGCUGUAAUCCAAAGGUUACAGUGUAGGAUUAGCAUGGGUGUACAAAGCCCUUCCUAAUCUAUGAGUCAUUACCCCUCACCGCAUUUCCCUUCCCAGCAGCUCUGGGCAGGUGGGAUAGAUCAGCCCUUGAGUCUUCGGUCUCCUAGUUCUUCAGCUCAGGGAGGACCAGGUCAGGAUACAACACCUCCCAGACAUCCUCCCCAGGCCAUACCACAGAACCACUCCUGGGAUGCUAUGCACGGCACAUCGCAAGGUCUGUUUGCUCAACCGGCUUCUCCUUGGCUGCCCCUGAGCUCCUCCUUUGCAUUGGCUCUCCAUUAUCUUUAUCUCUUGCUUCUCUUCCCAUCUUUAAAAUAGGGGGGAUAUUCUUCACCUCUUGGCAAUAAAUUUCCUCUAGGGCUGACAGGGAUCUCUAGGGCUGCUGUGUGUGUCUGCGCUUUGUUAGUCCUUGUGUGCGAGGUAUUUAGGCUGGCUGAGCUCUUGUCCUCCUGUAAGCUAUGAUAUUAAUAUAUUGGCUCAGGGCAGGGACCCUGCAAGCUGCUAAACUCUGGUGUCCUUGGUCCAGAGAGAGGUGACUGCCUGCCAGCACCUUCGCAUGGGUGAGAUAUGUGGGCUGCUGUGUGCACUAGGUGUGUGUCUGCCAGCUCUUCACCUCUGGAGCAGGGCCGUGGUGUAGUGCCUACCAUCCCCACCUCAUCCCUCUGGGCAUACAGCAGAAGGCUGGGAGAUGUGCAUGCAGGGUGGAUGUUUUCAGGAUGGGCUUUGAUGGGGUUUUGCUCUGUCCUU